AUGGAGUGUGCUGCGCGGGGCUUCGGGACGCGGUGCGUUGGUCCACCGACGCGGAGGUGUGGCCAGUGUGGCGCUGUGGCGUAUUGCUCCAUCUCUCAUCAGACUUGGCAUUGGAGCUAUCACAAGGAAGAAUGUGAGAGACUAGAAGAGCAAAUGCGUCGUGUUGAUCAGUUAAUUGACUUUCCAUUUACAUUUACGGAUGAAGCUACAAUCCAGAUUAGUCAGAAUCAGGAGAACAGAUGCUCGUUCCUUAGCAAAAGGGAAUUACAUAAUCUUGGAAUGUGGAUGUAUGAAUGCAAAUGUGGAUCCUCUGCUUAUCAUAGUUUUGGAAAUGAAAGUUGGCAUCUUCCAAGCUCUUCUUGUCCAUGUCGUGGUCCUUUGUCUCCAGUAACAAACCAGCUAUGCAGUUGGAUGGAGUAUUACGAGUGGAGAAAGAUACCUCUAGAUUCUCCUGUAGCUCUGCUUCUCCACUGGCCACUUACGAUCUAUCAUGCAAUUCAAACCAUUGGGAUGGAGAAUCUGACUCUGCAAAUAACCAAUGAACUUCGUAUUCAUUAUCUUGGGCCUCAGAAAGAGCUUGGCCAACUUGGUGUCUUCACUGAGCUGCAAGCUCUCUUCCCUGGUCUGCGCAUUAGCGUAAAGCUUGUUGGACCUGACGUUCCACAACAUAUGGAUGGAGAGAAUAUCUCCCUUUGCAGAUAUUCCCCUUGCAUGGAGAAAGAAUGUGAAUGUAAAUAUCCAACCGAAACUCCCAAUUCCGGUCACGAAUCAGCUGUGUCGUUACAGCUCUAUAGAGGGCUGUACCAUCAUCGUUACAGUGACAUAACAAAGGAUUCACCUCCUCCUCACAUAGUGAUUGCUCCAAACGCCGGCGUCGCAGCAUAUCCAAGCUGGUUGCCAACUAUUGAACUGAUAAAGGAGAUAAAAGUGCAAGCAGUCUUCUCUGAUUACUGUGAAGAAGCUUGUCACCUUGCGGCUUGUUGCAUUAAAACCAUCACAAGGCAACCUCUGUCACUACCUAUUGUGUUGAAUCCGUUUAGACAGCCAAUGGCGGUGGAAGAGAGUUCUCUGUUUAUCCCUUGCUACUCAAACUGCUUCAUCUUCGCUAUGUAA